AUGUUGGGUUCCGGCAGAUACUUGUGUUUCCCUGAUGAGCUCAGAGCUAGUUCUUUGAGUCCUACUGACAGGAAGGAUAAGAAGAACCACACAAACAAACUUCGAGAGCUGGCCUUGCUGAUCCCUGUGACCAUGAACACCAGAAACAAGAAGCACACCAAGAAGGAGAUCCUGCUACGUGUCCUGCACUACAUCCAGUACCUCCAGAGAAGCAUUGAUGUGGCCAAGGCUUUGCUCAAGCUCCACAACAACAGUAACAGAGGUGGAUUUGUGGGGCUGGGUCGGAACCCAUCUGCUGGCCCAACCCGGCAGAGAAGCUCCACCCCCUCCAGCUCUCAGAAGUCACACCUUUGGGGAACCUGCUCGAGACCUCAAAAGAAGAAGUUCACCCGAGUGUCAGAGCGCCCAACCUGGCCCCAGAAGCCUCGCCACUCUCUGGCUCUGGACCAGUCUGAAAAUCUGGUCACUGCACACCCAGGUCAGAAGGAAGAAAACGGGGAAGGUGCCACUUACCCAAGAGAUCUCAGCCCUGGCACCCACCCUACAACUGCACCGUCCCUGCUGGAAGGUGAUGGAGGAGGGGCCCAGCUGGUGUUCCUGGACAUGGCUCAGAACAUUGUUGACCAUGACAUCACAAGUGAUCAUGGUGCAGGGACCCAGGAUGGUGAGCCUGACACUGACAUCAAGGCACAGAGCAGGGUUCAGAGGUCCUAUUUCCUCACCAGGACACAGCCCUGUCUCAGGCAGAAGUUAUUCUUUUGCACUUCCAGUGAGGCAGACAAAGAAGCCCCAGACACUGACCCCUGGCUUCCUGCGUGGACCUCAGAGGACAGCCCGAACGGGAGCCCACUGGCCUCGGGGUCUUCCCAGAUCAAUACCUGGCAUGUGACGAACUACCUGAGUGAGAUCUUAGGACUCAGCUCUUCCCUCUUCAGCUCCCCAAGCAAAAUCCUGCCGGAUCAUGUCCUGGAGGAUGGAACCUACUUUCUGACUGAAGGUCUCUUGGAGUCUUCAGCUGCUGCCUGUGAACUGGAGGGUCCCCAAGAGAAGGACACGCCCUCUGAGGGCCCCACAGGCCGUCCUAACCUCGAGUCCUCAGUCUCACUGGACCACUGCUACCUAUCGCUGAGUGAGAACGUCAAGGUGCAGUCCAGCUGCAGCUCCAGUUCAGAGUCCACAGACACUGAGUCCCUGUGGGGACAGGAGGUGAGUGGGGUGGCCAUCUACCCAGGGAGGAUGAGGGUCUUCUCCCUUGCUCAGUCUUUUGUCCUGCAGCAGGCCAACCGUGAGGGCUUGCAGACCCCCAGUGAUGAGGACAGAGACUACACAUGGACUCCUACCCAACAGUCUUCUGGCCUGCUGGUAGCUGGCAAGAAAACCAAGAAGGUCCAGGCAAGCCAGGGCCCUGUGAAGCCCAAGGACAGCAGAAAAGCCUGCCCUGGCCAGGUGAAGAAAAAGUGUGUUAACGGCUUCAUCAUGUUCUGCAGGAUGAACCGGAAGCAGUACAUCCGAGCCUGUCCUGGGACUGCAUCCACAGCUGCCACCAAGGAGCUGGCUCAGCUGUGGCGAAGAAUGACCCUUGAGGAAAGGAGACCAUACUGCACCAAGGCACGCAGGUUCAGCCGCCAACACAACCGCAUUGUGAAGCAGGAGAGCUCCAGCAGUGAGGACGAGGAUGGGGAGACCCCUAAGCCCUUCUACCAGCUGCUGGCUGAGAAGGCCCAAGUGUGUUUGGGCCUGGCUUCACUGCUCUCCCUUCAUGGCCAGUAAGAGGGCAGCCCCUGCUGGGUCUGCCAUCUGCUUAGCUCCCAGGUCCCCCAAUGUUUGUUCCCUCUGGGCCUCAGCAGCCACUGCUAAGGAUCCCCUGGCCAGUCCCCAACUCCAGGCACCAGAGAAGUAUAUUUAUUGGCCCAAGGCUCUGUGCUCUGCCUUGUAUACAGCCCUUCCCACCUAUUCUUACAGGAUGGGUGCCCCAGAUGAAAUGCAGAGCUCCCCUCUGCUUCCAGAAUCGUAUAUUUCAGCCAUUUGUUUUCAAUGCAUCCUUCCUUGCUCUAUGUAUG